UCCAUCUCUUUGUUUCUUCUCCAAAAGGGCGAGACGAAAACCCUACCCACCCAAAUCUCGCCCUCAAAAAAGCACGAAGCUUUGAAACCAGGCGAACCAGAUCAACCAUGGUUUGCAUUCGCAAGGCCACGGUGGACGAUCUACUGGCCAUGCAAGCUUGCAAUUUGAUGUGCUUGCCUGAGAACUACCAGAUGAAGUACUACUUGUACCACAUACUCUCUUGGCCUCAGCUUCUCUACGUAGCGCAGGACUACAAUGGCCGUAUCGUCGGGUACGUUCUGGCGAAGAUGGAGGAAGAGACCAAUGAGUGCCACGGCCACAUCACCUCUCUCGCCGUUCUCCGAACUCAUCGCAAGCUGGGACUUGCCACGAAGCUCAUGAAUGCUGCUCAGAAUGCCAUGGAACAGGUUUAUGGGGCUGAGUAUGUUUCGCUGCAUGUGCGUAAAAGCAAUCGUGCUGCAUUUAAUUUGUACACUGAGACACUGGGGUACAAGAUACAUGAUGUGGAGGCGAAGUACUACGCAGAUGGAGAGGAUGCGUAUGACAUGAGGAAGCAGCUCAAGGGAAAGCAGAACCAUCAUCACCAUCACCAUCAUCGCCAUGGGCAUGGUCAUCAUCAUCAUCAUCAUCACCAUCAUCAUCAUCAUGGGGAUGGGUGCUGUUCAGGUGACGUCAAAACUGGGGGAACUGAAGCUGCGCAAAAGCCGGAUUCAAAGGCCAACAAAGCAGGCUGAUUAAGAGACUUGGGAGUGAGUGGGGAGCUCAGAGAUCACUGUUGGCUAUUUUUAUGUCAUUUUGCUGUUAGUUCAGGUACUUUCUGUGUGAAAAGAACAAGGAAAUUGCAGCUCUAGAAAAUCCAGUGGAAACUAUUCGCAACUUUGUUUGCGAACCACCGUGAAGCGUGAUACAUAAAUAAGACAACAUUAUUGAACAAGUAUUGGAGUCAUUUUAUCGUUAUUCCUUUUCUGACAAAUGGUUUAGCCUU